GUUGAUUGAUAGAAAAUAAAUUAAAGGGACACUAUGUUAAAUGUAGAACAAAUGACUGGGGCAGGGUAGACAUGGGUUUAACACUCCCGAUACCCUCGAAUGAUGUUUGAGAACUAUAAGCUAGUGUAACACUAAGUAAAAAUCUCAAACUUUGUACAUGACAGAAUGUAGAAUUUGUUACUAGACAUGUGGUUAGUAGCUCUAGAGUUAAAAAUCCAUGGACUAAGAAAAGAGGACUAUGUAAAACAAGUAAUGGGGUUACUGGUGUGAGCAAAAAAUGCUAUAGAGGCUGGCUCAUAUUUUGUUGCUUGGUACUAAAGGAACUAAGCACACUCUUCCUUUGAGAUAGUCAUUGAAGGAGAUAUAUUAGGGGUUGUACUAGUUGCAUGAGGAUGGCCAUGUCCAUCGCCACGAUGAUCACCAUUGCCUUUAGGGUUAUGAGACAUCUCAACUCUCUAGUUUUUCUUACCAUUUGGUUUACGAACUGCAUUGUGUGAAUCCUUGUGGACAUCAAAAUCAAUGAAAACAUGACCUAGUGACCUAAACCCUUGUGGACAUCAAAAUCAAUGAAAACAUGACCUAGUGGCCUUAUGACCUAAACGCUAUGUAUAACUCCAAACACACAAAAUUCAUCUUCAAGAUCUUGCUUAGUGACGCAUAGGGCUAGGUUUCCAAUGUAGAUAUAAUCAUAUAAGACAUUUUCUAGUGUUUUUGAAACCCUAGACUAGAAUAACAGUACCAUGUAACUAGAAUAAUUAUUUUGUAAUACAACUGAGAAACUGAGAACAUAGGUCUACUCAGGAAGGGCUUGGUUUUGUUGAGAAGAACACAAAUCAGGGCAGAUUUGGGGUUGUUGGAGUUGUUUUGCUUAUUAGCUCCAGAGAUGAGUAUUAAAGAAUAGGUGCAGAAAUUUGAAUGCGAACAUGAUCUGGGUUGUGUUGUUGAUCGCUGGAGUUGUAGUCGGAUUUGGAGGAUUCACUGGAAGGACAAGUCACGAGAAGGAUGAGUCGCAAUUGGUGAUUUUGGUUGAAGGCCUCAUGUUCGAUGAUGGUGAUUUAUGUCGUUACAACUAGUGACUGAACUAAAAGGUUAUGUAAUAGCCAAAAAAAUGUUUCCGCCUCUCACUAGAUUGUGUUCCUCCUUGUCAUGAUCUGGAGGUAGAGGUAGAGGUAGAGAGAUACACGUUCGAGUAGUUAGAAGAUGUUAGCUAAUUCUAGAAGAGACAAUAAUGUAAAUAAGGUUGUAUGGCUGGCGGGAAUUGGUUCGCGAGAUUCUGUUCUCUCUCUUUCUCUCAUUUCCUCCCUUUUUCUUUGAUUGGUUCUAUAAUUCUCUAGAAUUCCCCAUUGAAUUCUUGAGGAUUGCUUGUCAGAUCUCGAAGAUCUAACAAUUUGGUAUCAGAGCAAGGCACGGGCCGAGGAGAUUUAGUAGGUGCAGCGAUGGUGGAAGGAACUCGAAUGAAGAAGUUGGAAUCACAGGUGCAACAAUUUCACUUGACGGUGACUGAUCUACAAGCCUGAGUGGAAUUGCUGGAGAUUGGAUCCAAUUGCAACCAUGAAGCAAUUGUGACGAUGGAUCGGAAGUUGGAUUCCUCAUUAGGUGGUUUGGAGAGAAGGUUGGAUGGAAUCAGAGACGAAGUAGGGGCUUAGAUCAGGGAUCAACUGCAGAACUUCAUGGUUAUGUUUACCCGCCAAAAUUAGGUAAGUCUGUCACCUGAUUUCUCUGCUAGAGAAAGAACAAAGCCGGUCCUUACUGUCCCUGGGGUGAGAAAUGUGAAUGUAGGGCCCUCUGAAAUUGAGGUGAUAUUGGGAGGAGGAGGGGAUGCGGAAGUGGAUCAAAGGCGAGAGGGUCCGGUUGGCCCUAAUUAGUUGGGAUUUCCUAUGCCCAAACUGGAGAUACCCCUGUUUGAUGGGAGUAAUCCUAGAUGGUGGGUAAGAAGGUGUGAACGCAUGUUUGGUUGGUACAAUGUACCCGAAGGGCAUUGAGUAGCUUUGGCAGCUGCUUACCUCAAUGAUGCCGGGAUGCCUGGUAUCAAGGCUGGUUUAAGGUGAGAGGAGAUUUCACGUGGGAUGAAUUUGCAUACAAGUUAUGUGAGAGGUUCGGGGAUAGGAACAUGAUGGAUGUUGUAGAAGAGUUUAAUAAACUCAAGCAAGAAGGAGGAGUACAGGCUUACUAGCCCCAAUUUGAAGAGCUGAGAUUUGUUAUGGUCAAUUUAAAUCCUUACCUCUCCGAAGCCUAUUUCGUUUAUAGUUUUUUGAGUGGACUUAGUGAAGAACUCAGGCCUAUGGUUAAGAUGUUGCACUCGGACACGGUGGAGUAAGCAACGAAGAGUGCCAGGUUGCAAGAGAUUGUGAUGGAAGCCAUAAUCAAGAAACAAAGGCAACAAAACAAGGGAAUUGGUAUGGGAUCUGCCCCUCCGGUGAGUAAAGGCUAUGGAAAGGAGAUAAUGAGGGUGAACCUCGAGCAGAAGGGAAUGAUUGUGCCUGCCCUUGCUCACUCUUCAACAGGUCAGAACGGGAAGUUAGUAGAGCAAAGGAGGCUAUGUUUUAAGUGUGGUAACUGGUAUUACCCAGGGCACCAAUGCAAGAGACAACUGCUCUUGCUGGAAGGAGAGGAUGGUGAAUGGGAAGAAGGGGAGGAAACAUCAAAGGCAAUGGAGUUAAAAAGGGAGGACAAUGGAGAAAUCUCUUUGCAUGCCCUAAAGGGAUUGACCAACAACAAGAUCAUUAAGGUAGAGGGUAAGGUGCAUGAAGGGAGUUUAAUGAUUUUAAUUGAUAGUGAGAGUGCCAACAGUUUUCUGGAUGAGGGUACUGUUAAGAAGCUCCAUUGUAAGCUUACGGGGACACAACCAUUGACAGUUACUAUUGCCAAUGGCAACAAGGUGCUAAGCAAAUUAGCCUGCACGGGAUUUUGUUGGGAAAUGCAAGGAGAGUUAUUUGAAGCUGAUCUAAGGCUACUUAAAUUAGGGGGCUGUGAUGUGGUGCUAGGAGUAGAUUGGAUGAAAAAUGUGAGCCUUAUCAAUUUUGAUUUUAACAAGAUGGAAGUAACCUUCGAGAAGGAAGGAAGAAGACUAACUCUCACAGGAAGUAAGGAGGUAGGGACCUGCAAAAUGAUUACGGGAAGGACGCUUCAGAGGCUGUUCAAGAGUAAAUGAGGCACAAGUUGCCCAUCUAUUCUUUAUUCAUGCGGUGGAAGAGUCAGAAAUUGAAGGGGAGCAAGAAGGGGAGUUAUAGUUGGCAUUUUCUACACCGGAUCAGAGUAAUUGGGAGGUACAUGACUUACAUAGACUUAAUAUGCUUUUGGCUGAUUACAAGGACUUAUUUGUAGAACCUAAUACCUUGCCUCCCAAGCAAUCCUUUGACCAUUCAAUUAAUCUCAAACCCAACUCAAAACCUGUCAACAUAAGAUCCUAUCGAUACCCUCCCCACCGGAAAACUGAAAUAAAAAAGAUGGUUAAGUAAAUGCUAAACAAAUCCUUAAUCAAGCCCAACCAAAGUUCCUUUGCUUCCCCUGUCCUACUUGUCAAGAAAAAGGAUGGUAGAUGGCGCUUUUGUGUUGACUAUCGUCAACUCAAUGCUCAAUCAAAGACAAGUUUCCCAUAAUUGAAGACCUCCUUGAUGAGCUAAAGGAUGCUACUGUUUUUUCUAAACUAGACUUGCGUUCGGGGUAUAAUCAAAUUCGUAUGAAUUCUGAUGAUAUCCACAAGACAGGCUUUAGAACCCAUCACGACCACUAUGAACUCUUGGUGAUGUCAUUUGGGCUCACCAAUGCCCUGACCACCUUUCAAUCGCUCAUGAACCAAGUCUUUGAACCCUUCUUACGCAAAUUCAUUCUAGUCUUUUUUGAUGAUAUCUUGAUUUACAGCCAAAUGUUGAGCCAACAUUUACAACGCCCAAGGACUACAUUUGAGGUACUCAAAUCCAACGAAUUGUAUAUUAAGAAGUCUAAAUGUGCCUUUGGCCAGAAGCAGGUUGAGUAUCUUGGGCAUGUAAUCUCAGGUGCUGGAGUAAGUACAGAUCCUAAGAAAGUGGCAGCAAUGGUAGCUUGGCCAAGGCCUGUUAACAUUAAGGCUUUGAGGGGCUUUCUGGGGUUGACAAGAUAUUAUCGACAAUUUGUGAAGAAUUAUGGGAUCAUCAGUUGGCCCUUAACAGAGUUACUAAAGAAAGAUAGCUUCAAGUGGAGUGCAGAGGCAGAGAAAGCAUUUGAACAGCUAAAGGAUGCCAUGAGUAAGGCCUCAGUGUUGGGUUUAACGGAUUUUAGUAAGCCCUUUAUACUAGAAACUAAUGCUUGUGGUGUGGGAGUUGGGGCAAUAUUGAUGCAAGAAGGGAGACCCCUGGCCUAUCUUAGCCAAGCCUUGUUUGUCCCCUAGACACUUGGGGCUUAGUAUAUAUGAGAAGGAAUUAUUGGUAGUGGUGAUGGCUUUGGAAAGGUGGGGGCACCACUUGGAAGGGGUCAGUUCAUAAUUAGAACUGACUAUGAAAGCCUGAAGUUUUUACUGUAGCAAAAGCUCCACACACACCUCCAAAGAAAGGGUAUGGCUAAACUUAUGGGCUUGGACUACACCAUUCAGUAUAGAAAGGGAAGAGAAAAUGUGGCUACGGAUGCUUUGUCCAGAUGUAUAGAGGAGGGACAAGUGAUUGCCAUCACUACUAUUGCACUGGACUGGUUUAGGGAAGUGGAGGCCAAUUAUGAAGGAGAUGAGAAAGAAAAUGAAGGAGUUGCUGGAACAGCUAAUCUUGAACCCCAGUGGGAGACUUGGAUAUACGUUGAACCAAGGUGAGGCUAGUGAUUGGCAACUGUGAAGAAUUAAGGAGGAAGAUAUUAAGUUCCCUUCAUGAAUCCUCUUUGGGGAGUCAUUCGGGAAUUCAGAAUACGUACCAUAAGGUAAAGGAAAUUUUUCAUUGGCCUCAACUCAAAAGGUAUGUCACUGAAUUUGUGCUGGCGUGUGAUACUUAUAGGCGAUGUAAGUAUGAGACUAUAGCUCAGCUGGGCCUAUUACAACCUUUGCCCAUCCCUGCACAAACCUGGGAAAGUGUGACUAUGGACUUUUUAGUGGGCCCCCCUAAAUUAGAGGAGAGGGAUUGUAUUUUGGUAGUGGUCGAUCAGUUCAGCAAAUUUGCAUGCUUCUUGAGUCUCACUCAUCCUUACAUUACCCAAGAAGUGGCUAGGGUCUUCUUGGAUCAGGUGGUGAAUCUACAUGGGGUUCCAAAUGCAAUAAUCUGAGGCAGAGACAAGGCACUCACUAGCUUGUUUUGGCAAGAGUUGAUGAAGUCCUUGGGAGUAAAGUUCAAGAUGUCCACAACCUACCAUUCGCAAACAGUUGGUCAUACCAAAUGAGUAAAUCAGUGUGUGGAGAGUUAUUUGUGGUGCCUAUGCUUCCUACAUCCUAAGGGUUGACAUAGAUGGAUCUCACUUGCACAAUAGUGGUAUAAUUCCAGCCAUCAUACAUCAAUUAAGAGAUCACCUUUUGAAACUUUAUUCGAUUACAAACCUCCACUACUCCCAGCUGUAGGAGAGCAGACCACAGUGGCCACAAUAGAAGCUUACAUGGAGAAAAGGCAACGGGUGUUACAGCAGUUGAAGGAAAGAGCUAGCUUUGGCUCAGAAUCGCAUGAAGCAAUAUGCGGAUCACAAGAGGAGUGAUAGGGAGUUCGAGGUGGGGGAAAGGGUGUACCUGAAGCUUUGGCCAGCUCGUCUUAAGGCCAUUGCUAAAGGGUAGGUGACUAACUUAAGCCCUAGGUAUUUUAUACCCUACCCUAUUGUAAACAAGGUUGGCAAGGUGGCAUACAAGUUACAACUACUCGAAGAAUCAAGGAUCCACUCGAUUUUCCACGUUUCUUUACUUAAGAGAUCUGUGGGAACACAGCAGAUGGCCUCUAACCUGCCUCAACUGUCUAAAGAUGUAGAUGUGACAUCAAAGCCCAACUCCAUUUUAGAUCGGAGGGUCUUGUACAAGCAUGGAGCACCCCUCAUACAAGUACUGGUGAAGUGGUCCAAUCAUCACUAGGAUGGCAGCACUUGGUAAUACUUGCCUGAUUUGCUUAGGUAGUUCUCUCAAGUAGCCAGCCUCCUUAGCAUUUCUUGAGGACGAAAUAUCCCAAGCAAGGGGGAAUUUGUCAUGAUCUGGAGGCAGAUGUAGAGGUGGAGAGAUACACGUGUGGGAAGUUAGAAGAUGUUAGCUAAUUCUAGAAGGGAUAAUAAUGUAAGUAAGGCUGUAUGGUUAGAGGGAACUGGUUUGCGAGAUUCAGUAUGUAAGGACCCGUUUCCCUUGUUAUGAAGCAUCGAGAAUUUGAAUUUGAACUUCAUUGAAUUCUCCUUCAUUUCUCUCUCUCUCUCUCAAUUCUCUCAUUUCCCUCUCUUUUCUUCGAUUGGUUCCAUAAUUCUCUAGAAUUCUCCAUUGAAUUCUUGAGGAUUGCUUGUCCAAUCUCACUCCUAUAUAUCCAAGGACAUUCUUUAUAAAUGAAAUAACCAAAGAAUGUGAUUGGAACCCAAAAAGAAUAAUGGCUCAAACUCACCAAUUGAUGAUCGAGGAGGAGACCUUCAUUUUUUGACUCUUCUUGACCAAUGGUGAAAUAUUUCAGGGGAAUUGGAGUGAUUUGAUGUAUUUUAUGAGGACGAAGUUUUAUUUGUGAUUCUUGAGGGAUUGAGUCUUGCAAGAAGUUAAUUCUCCAUGGGUGAGGUUUGAUAUGGAUAGUUUUCUUGAGGUGGCUAGGAGGAUGAUAACUUUGACUACAAAUAUGAUUUUUUUUUUUUUUUUAAAGAUGGUAUACAUGAGGAUGAUGGUUUCAGAAGGUAGAAAAAAGAGGAUCUUCAUGCCAUAAACAUUCUUUUUUGAUGCAAAAGUAAUUUUCAUAAUAAUAAAGAUCAUACAACAAAGCCAAAUGUGCACUAUAUAUGCAAACUUUACCGUGCUUUAAGCUAUGAAAAAUCAUAAAUAGCUCUCUUUAGACAAAAAUGUUUCUCACAAUAAUGGAUAUUUUACAAGAAAGAUGCACACGAUGUAGUUCGUGAACUAGAUGGUAGGAAUGGCUGGCCGAAGAAUUGAGAUGUCUCAAAAGUCUAGAAGUGGUGGUGGUUGUUGUGACAGUGGACGUGGCCAUCCUCUAGCAACUAAUACAACCCUUUGUUGAUCUUAUUUAGUGACUAUCUUAGAGGAAGAGCAUGUGUAAUUCCUUCAGUUUUGAGCACACAACACAACAUUGUAUCUAUAGCAUCUUUUGCUCAUACCGGUAGCCCCAAUACUUGUUUUGCACAAUCCUAUUCUCUCAGUCCAUGGAUUGUUAACUCAGGUGCUACUAACCACAUGCUUGACAAUAGUUCUCUAUUCUUUGUAUCCAAAGUUUAGGGUCUUUACCUACUGUUGCGUUGGCUGAUGGUUCUCAAGCAUAAGUCAAGGGUAUUGGGAGUGAUUGGAGGACUGAACAGAUGAUUUGCACAGGGCAUGAGUCUUGGGGAUUAUGCUCUCUGUCUUCAUUUACUCCAUUUGUGGCUUGCACUACUAUUACUUCACACCCACAGGUGGCAUGGAUCAUGUCAGGGUUCAUCCUAAAUUCCUGCAUUCCAAUGCAACAGUUCACAAAUGGGUUCUUGGCGCUUUUGCAGAGCUUUUGGACAACGCAUUGGAUGAGGUUUGCAGUGGGGCUACACUUGUGAACAUAGACAUGCUCAUAAAUAAGAAAGAUGAUAGCAGAAUGUUGCUGAUAGAAGAUGAUGGUGGUGGUAUGGAUCCAGAUAAGAUACGCCAUUGCAUGUCCCUCGGUUAUUCUGUGAAAAGCAAAAUGGCAGAUACUAUUGGAAAAUAUGGAAAUGGUUUUAAGACGAGUACCAUGAGGCUUGGGGCUGAUGUUAUUGUGUUCUCCCGCUGCUGUGGAAAAAAUGGAAAGAGGCCUACUCAGUGCAUUGGGUUGUUGUCAUACACAUUUUUGAGGAGCACAGGGAAGGAAGACAUUGUAGUUCCCAUGCUUGACUAUGAAAGAGGGACACGGGAGUGGAAUAGGAUGUUACGAUCCUCUGACGCUGAUUGGGAUAGAAAUGUAAAGACAAUAGUCCAAUGGUCUCCAUUUCUAAGUGAGGCAGAUCUUCUACAUCAGUUCGACCAGAUGAAAGCUCAUGGUACACGAAUAUUCAUAUACAACCUUUGGGAGGAUGACCAAGGACAAUUGGAACUUGAUUUUGAUGAUGAUCCAUAUGACAUUCAAGUUAGAGGUGACAAGCGAGAUGAGAAUGUGCAGAUGGCAAAAGAAUUUCCCAACUCCAAGCACUUCUUGACAUAUAAGCUUUCAUUAAGGAGUUAUGCAUCAAUUCUUUAUCUCAGAAUUCCUACUGGCUUUCGCAUUAUUCUCCGUGGAAAAGAUGUAGAGCACCACAAUGUUGUGAAUGAUAUGAUGAUGACACAGUCUAUUACUUACCGCCCACAGCCUGGUAGUGCUGGGACUCAAAAGGAUUCUAACAUGGUUGCUGUUGUAACUCUUGGGUUUGUGAAGGAUGCUAAAGCUCAUAUUAAUGUUCACGGAUUCAAUGUUUAUCACAAGAAUCGACUCAUUCAGCCAUUUUGGAAAGUUUGGAACCCUUCUGGAAGUGAUGGUCGUGGAGUUAUAGGUGUACUGGAAGCUAAUUUUGUUGAACCAGCUCAUGAUAAGCAAGGAUUUGAGCGUACUACAGUUCUUUCAAGACUUGAAGCAAGACUAGUUCAAAUGCAGAAAUUAUAUUGGUCAACAAACUGUCAUAAAAUUGGCUAUGCUCCCCGCCGGAAUAAGAAGUUAAUUGAUGACAUAGAUACUUCUCCUGAUUAUGGUCAGCCAACAGCAUCCAAGUCUAAAAAGAAGAAUACUGGCUCAAGCAGCAAGAUGCCUAUUUUGGUUUCAGACAAAUUACAAUUCUACUCGAAUCAAAAUCAGGGAAGAAGAGAAUCAGAAAGAUAUCUUGAAACGGUGGAAAAGAGACACCAGAUUGGGCGCGUGCAUGGUAAAGGAAGGAAUGUAACUAAGACCCCUACAAGAUCUGCAAAAGAAGCAAGCACUUCAGACCCAUCAUCACCUACUGAAGAAUUUGCCGGUGAUAACGAGAUGCAAGCUGCUCUGCCUGAGAGAGAGGCAAAUGGCAAUUCUGAGAAGGUAUUGCCUCCCUGUAAGUCUUCUGAAAAAGAUGGCUCUCGUUUGUUUAGGUCAUCCCCGAGCUUGGGAAAUUUGCAAGCUGUACAAGAAUGUGCAUUGGAUGGAACACCUGUUCGAAUUACGACCCGCUCAGGGUCAAAGCAGGGAGAUGAUGCCAAUGGCAAUGAGUUGCGUUCAAACUCCAGUGCACAUGAUUUAGUUCAGUUGAAAGAAGAGAAUCGCCAAUUAAAGGAAAAAUUAAAUAGGAAGGAGGAAGAGAUUUUAGGUGAUUUGCUGGGUGAUUUACAGCAAGAAAGAGAGAAGUCCAAGUUACUUGAAAAUAAGCUCAAGGAGGCGACACAAAAGAUUGAGGAACUGAACAAAGAGCAGGAAGGUUUAAUUGAAAUAUUCUCUGAGGAGAGGGAAAGGCGAGACAUUGAGGAGGAAAAUCUGAGAAAGAAGUUAAAGGAUGCAUCGAAUACCAUCCAAGAGUUGCUUGACGAGGUGAAGCGGUUGGAGAAGAUGAAGUCCCGUCUGCCCAAAUAGGAGUGGUAAUCCUAUGUCAAUAGAGGAUAUGACAUGACCAUGUAGAAUCUUUUGGAAAAAAUGUUUUAACCUGAAUUUGAUGACUAGUAUGAAUGGAAGCCAAAAAAUUCGUGGACAUGAGAAGCAUCAAUCUUUGGAUGCUGGCACAUGCCUUAAUUAGACCUUUCUCCAAAGAUCUGUGGUUUCUAGCUAAUUUUAUACCGCAACAGGGCACAGUACAUAAAUGUAAUGAUCUCAGGACAUCUGCCUAGCUAGACUUCUUUCCCAAACCCUUUCUUCCGCAUGUUGAUAGCUAAUGCAUAGAGAGACUGUAGCCCAUGGGAAGUAAACUUGUGAGUUGAGCCAUCUUUCAUCCGCUAAGGCCUGUGUGGAUUCCAGAUUUUUACCACCAUGAUGCACUGCACUCUUUGUACUCAUGAAGUUGCCAUAUCUUUUAACUGAUUCUGUGUUAGGAUGAUUAAAAAUGUUCCUCUGAAUGUUCUACAACGAGAGUAGGAUCACUGGGGUUGUAUGAGGUGCUGUAUCUGGCCAGGAUGCUAGCCAUCAAAGUAUCUGCCCAUUCACCCAACAAUUUUGCCUCCGACUUGUAAUGAGCAUUUGUAUAGAUUGUAGUCUUUUGCCAUUUGCCGGUUCCUAAUCCUGUCUGGUUCUUUUCAGUCAUCUUUGAAGAGAGUGCUUGGAGCAGGAUGGCUAGCUUCCAGUGCUAUGUGAUUUUUGUUCUGUGUC